GAGACUGCGCACGCAGCCAGGGUCAGACAUUCAGGUUUUUGCAGGCACCAGCUUGAGCCAGCCAAGUGCCCACCUGACUGCGAUCGCAGUGUGAUCGCUCUCUUUCAAUUCCCAAGUUCUUGAUGGGUCAAGUUGGCGUAAUACAUCGACCUCAGCAGUCGUUAUAAUUUCGAGUUUCAAGUAAACACUGGGUGAUGUUUUGUCCUAUGAGCUCUGGCUGAUACCCAUCACAUUGAGAACUCCGAUUGGGAAAUCAGGGCAGCCCCGAAGCGGGCCGAUUCCGACAUGGAUCCGCUUUCGAUCACCACGUCCGCAAUCACGCUCAUCCAAGCAGCCGGCUCCAUCACGAGUUCGUUAUGCGGCUUUAUCAACCAGUGCCGCGGAGCCGAGAAUCGAAUCACAAGCCUGUGCGACGAGCUUGAAGGCCUGACCUCAGGCCUCGAGGCCAUAGAUCGCACCCUCAAGGGCCGCAACGCACUUGACCUAGCGCUGGUGGAAGACGACCUAUGGAAGCAGUGCGAACUUGCACUGGACGACUGUCAUGUGACGCUGAAUUCUCUGGGCGUGCUGGUGCAGAAAAUCAAGGAGACGGUCAAGGGCAAGGCCUGGGCGUGGAGGGUGAAGGCCGUGGUGAACCUCAACGUGUACGGUGGGGAGCUCGCGGCUUUCAGGGACAAGGUGCACAAGUCGAACUGGGCUCUCCAGACAAUGCUUCAGACGAUCAAUGUCUCCUUGUCCUUGAGGAACAAUGCAUCCCAGGAAGCCAUACUUUUCGAGCUCGAUCGUCUGAAGUCAUCUAUCGACGAAGCCCUGCGGGCAUCCGUUCGGCCGGCAGGGAGCUUUGCCCACCGGCCUGCGGACUAUUCUGACGCGCGUGUGGCCCGGAACCUCAAAAAUCUCGCCCAGGCGGCGAGGCACUUCCACAGCGCGGCGAGCUCAACAGCCAGUACUAUACGCGAUGGCUCACGGAACGGCGCGCCAUGGCAGACUUAUCCAGGGGCAGAUGUUGAUGUGAGUCUCAUGGGCGAUCUGCCGUCAUUCAGGAGGGAGCGCGUUGAGGAGUACGUUCGCGAGUGGCGCCAGCAUCGCAGGUCAUCAUCGUCAGGGCUGACAAGCCCGAGCUUCACCCCAGCUGGUGAGCAUACCAACAAAUCUCGGCCACGUAGAAGACCUCGAUCACCUCGCCUUUCGACUGAUUUGGGCAGCCCCCGCCCGCUAUCGUUCUCUGGCGUAGCGGAAACUGUUACAGUAUCAGGCUCGGUGGCCGGGGCUACCGUCGAGGACGAAGAAGACGAUGAUGUCGAGUUCGAGCGCCUUUUUCUCGACGGCCUGGAAGAGCUCGCCAAAGACCGUAUCAAGGAGCGCGACUUCGACAAGGCGAUCGAGUUCCUGCAGGAGGCCAUGAAACGCGAGGUUGGAAGCAAGUCUGACAAUGAAGCAUUCCGCAACCUGCAGGUACAACUCGCGCUGUGCUACCUCCUGCAGCGUCGAUGGGAAGCAGCAGAUCCCAUCAUAACGGGCCUCGCCAAGAACAAGGCAGCUGUGGAUGCGGUCGUCUGCAAUCUGCUUCACUCCAUGGCUCUGGUCCACUUGUCGCUCUACCACUUUGACAAGGCUCUGACCGUCUGCAGGGAAGCGCUAAUGGCUAAGAAGAAGCUUCUAAAGAAGGAGAAGAUCGAUGCCGACGACUAUGCCCAAACCCAGGGUCUUCUGGUGAUGAUAUAUGAGAUCAAGGGCGAUUGGAUGCACGCCGAGGUCUACCAUUCACAGAUCCCAGCCAACUUCUCCUACAAGCACCCGAAGGAUGAGGUUGAAUUUGUCACCAUGCACCCAAAUAUGCUCUUCACUGUUCUGGGUGAUAACCUCCCUGACUUUUCUUCUCUUGUACCAAAGGUCACGCCUGGCUUGCACGAGCUGGAUGGCUCCGGGCCUGAUACAUGUCCCACCUCUCACCCGACAGCAGGCCUCAAAAGGAACAAUACUUACAACGGCAAUUCGCCGCUGAAAGUCAAGUUUGCUCAGCAGCUGCGAUACGAAGCCGAUACAAGCAAGAUAGCUUAUGUACCGGAGUCUGAGUCGUCUGCAGAGAGUUCUCCUGUAUCCAGCUCUGACCCCAGCACCAAUGGGGACGCAGAUGACGAGGUCUCUCCACCAACAUCCCCGGAGUCAGCGUCACCAAUAAAGCGCAGGUUCUCUCGGAUGUUUGGCGGGAGAAGAGUUCAACAACAAAGAGCUGCUAAACCGCCUGCAUCGCCAACAGUCGACCACGCCGACGUUCCGAGCCCCGUGCAAGACAGGUCGGCGCUAAGGUCUGGCUGGCUCAACACCACCCUCGGGUUCAAAAGGUCUAGGAAUCGCCUGCGGAAGGCUCAUCGGGACGAGGAGUUGGGGGGCGUGGGCAAGUCCAAGGAAUUCAAGCUGUUGUACAUGGAGCGCAUGACGACAGAGAACGUUGGACAGGUGAAAGACCCAGAGUAUCGGCGCCAGUACUGGUCUCCGGACAGCAUUGGGAACUCCGACACAAGCGCCCACGAAAUGGAUGCUGACAAUGAAAAUGAUCCAACGAGCGGGGAUGAAGCACCUUUAGCGCCAGUCUCGAAAAGCGGUGGUGGACAUGGAGUAUUCUCGCCAUGUGUGGAUGCACUCCCGGAGAAUGGGUUUGGAGAUGACAAUUUUACGUUCAAGAAUCGUGUCCCAUAUGUCGAUAUCAGGGGACACAGACGUCGUCAACCUCAGCUAGAGGACGUGCAGGAAGAGAGCUUCAUGAGCGACGAAGAUACCGAGGCGGACAUGCCAGAGUCAAAUCCCAUUGUGGAGUUAUCAGGCGAUUAUGUCGAGUACUUUGAGUCGCACAGAGUCUUUGACCCAUAUCUCUGCCGCUCAGACUUUGAGGUCGAGGAAUAUUGGGACACUGCAAUGCGGGCGAAACCCAGUGGUGUCAAGUCUUGCAAUAUGGUUCUCGAGAGCACCAGCCCGUCCGGGAUGAGCUUCGGUGAACACGAAGCCCGGGUAAUGUUGAUGUUGGGAGACGAGCCUCCCGCUUUGACCAGCCAGGAGACGAUCAUAGAAGCCACGAGCGCAUCCGACAGGCCCAAACCGGGCAGGAAAGUCCGCCGUGCUGCUGUCAAACAAGUGGAUCCGCUCUUGCAGUCAAUAUCAUCGGUCCUGGUCUCACUGGCCGACAUCACUGACGCAGAGGGUCGCCAUGCCGUGAAGCUUGACCUCGAGAUAAUGGCGCUGGAGUUCAAGAACCGCUUCCGCGAUGGGCUGGUGUAUCAGGACUUGCAGAGGGCCAUUUCCUCGCUGGAGAAUGACGCCAUCACCGUGCCGGAGAACGACAACAAUGAUUCCGGCUACGAGUCUAUGGGUAGCGAGACAGAAACGGAAGAUGCGAAGGAGAAGCCAAGCUCGACCGCAAAGAGGGCUGCAAUUUCCAAUCCAAGGUCGCCUGUUGCAGACGACACCAUGGCCUUGCAUGAUCGUCCAGAGAAGCCUAGAACGCAGGCCAGUCUAGUUUCGGAAUCAUGUGAUCCUCCUCCACAAACGUCACCGCCGAAGCAAACAAGCCAACCCCGGGCGACCCAAGAGCCACGACUGCCACUGAGGAAACGAUUCUCGUUCGAGAACGGGCAAGACGAGGUGGUUGAUGCCAACGACGCAGUUGCCGCACUACGUGCCGCCGUCCAAUCCGGAGAAGCCGAUGCUGUCCAAUCCGCGAUUAAACCAAGUCGUGCGCACACUCGCUUCCCUAUCUCUGGGAAGAUACAAGAGAAAACCGUCUCCGACACUGCAGCAAUCGAACAUACAGCACUAGGAAGUCCCCAAGUCACUUCAUAUGAACUGACCGAGCGGAAACCAAUCGUACUAAAAGGGGGAAAUGACUUUGAUCGAAAACAACCAACUGAAAUCUCAGAAGAGGAGAGGACGAGUAGCGGGCUGCAGGGCAACGAACCUCGGGAGCGUGUCAGGAAUCCACCAUUUCAUGACGCAGGAGAGCCUUUGACUACAGUAUGAAUGGACCGCAUAUACUUCAUAUAUACGCGGAUUAAGCACGAAACUGUUCGUGACCCAGGACUCGGAAUUUAUUUGCUCGGGGGAUCGGAUUUUAGAAGCAAGCUGGCCUUGCUGUAUUUAGCAGACCGUCUAUUGCCUGGUGUCUCAGUGAUGGACCAAGACAACCUUCUUUCGAAGGCAACAAACAAUCAAUUCCAGUUUUCGGUUUCCCCAG